GGGACCAGGACUGAGCCUCGGUAACCCGGGACAACAGGCAGGUGUGUCGCUGUAACGGCUCCGCUCUGCUGCUGCUCGACAGGAAACGUGACGGGAAUCAAAGCGGAUCGAUGGUCUAAGGUCCGUCAGGAUGAUGAUGAACUCUGAGAAGAUGAAGAAAAAACCUCCGAAGGACAGUUUGACUCUGCUGCCAUGUUUCUACUUUGUGGAGCUGCCCAUCGUGGCUUCUUCUAUGGUGUCUCUGUAUUUCCUGGAGCUGACGGACGUGGUGCAGCCGGCUCAGGUGGGGUUCCGCUGCCACGACAGAGAGCUCAGUAUGCCGUACGUGGACGGAGGAGAUGAACUGAUCCCACUGCUGAUGCUGCUGAGCCUCGCCUUCGCUGGACCGGCCGCCUCGAUCAUGCUGGUUGAAGGACUCAUCUACUGCCUGCAGUCCAGACUGAAGCUCCGCAGACCUGAAGGAAGCAUCAACGCAGGAGGCUGCAACUUCAACUCCUUCCUUAGGAGGACGGUGCGCUUUGUAGGUGUUCACGUCUUCGGUCUGUGUGCGACGGCGCUGCUCACUGACAUCAUCCAGCUGUCGACAGGUUACCACGCCCCGUUCUUCCUGACCGUCUGUAAACCCAACUACACGCUGGUCGGUGUUUCCUGUGAAACAAACGCUUACAUCACUAAAGACAUCUGCUCAGGUCACGACCAGCACGCCAUCAUGGCGGCCAGGAAAACGUUCCCUUCCCAGCAUGCAACUCUGUCGGCCUUCGCUGCUGUUUAUGUCUCUAUGUAUUUUAACUCCACCAUCUCCGACAGCACCAAACUGCUCAAGCCUGUCUUGGUCUUUGCAUUCGCCAUCGCGGCGGCGUUGACAGGUCUGACUCAGAUCACGCAGCACCGCAGCCAUCCCAUCGACGUGUACGUGGGCUUCCUCAUCGGAGCCUUCAUCGCUGCGUACCUGGCGUUUCAUGCUGUGGCCAACUUCAAGUCCUCUGAUGACAUCACUCCCACCCUGCCCCCCCUGCCGCCGAAGGAGGACCCUCUGCGAGCGCUGACCGAGCGAGGACACGAGUCCGUUUACAACAAAGGCCCCGCCUCUGCUUCAGAGAGUAAUGAUGAAAUCGCGGCGGCGCCAGCCCCCAUGGACCGGCUGGAGGGCCUGGGGCCCCUGAAGAGGGAGAAGACGUCCAUGGGGAGCCUGAAGCGGGCCAGCGUUGAUGUGGAACUGCUGGCGCCUCGUAGCCCGAUGGGAAAGGAGACCAUGCUGACCUUCAGCAACACGCUGCCGAGGGCCAGCAUGAAUGUUAACGGCGUGCUGGGGGCCAACCCGGGGCUGGAGGACCCAGUGCAGCAGGUGCAGCCAGUGCAGCGGCGUCUGAAGGCCGUGCAGGUGCCCAUGGACCCGAUGCGUUCACAGCAGCUGGUGUCGGAGUGGAAGCAGAAGUCAAUGGAGAUGCGCGGCCUGAGCAUGCGUGACGAGGCGGAGCGCGAGGCCAGCGAGGACGGUUCCGAGGUGGGCUCUGUGGGGACAGAUGAAGGCGGGUCUCAGGUCCCCAUCUACCAGCCCGCAGUGCAGUCUGGGAGGGCAGCCUCCAGUCGUAACCCCACUCCACCUCCGGGGGGCGCCAAAGCUGUGGCGACUCCCAGACCACCACAGAUCCCUGAGGCAGGACCCCCGCCAGUGUCCCCAAAGAGUGCACUGACCCGUGCCAAGUGGCUCGCCAUCCGAGAGAAGGCGAGUGGGGAGGUGUCGGGCCGCGGUGCCACCAACCAACCACGACUUAUGCAGGUCAUCGCCAUGUCGAAGCAGCAGGGCCUCCUACCCUCCUCCUCCUCGGCAGAGAAAUCCUCUGAGACCACCUCCACCUGCUCCGGCACCUCCUCCACCACCGACUCUCCGCAUUACCGCCCGCCCUCCGAGCAGCAGCGGGAGGGGCCGGGUAUCAUCACCGUGGACGCUCACGCCCCUCACCAUCCUCUUGUCCAAGCCCCACCUCCUCCACAAGCCCCGCCCCUUGCAGGUAAUGGUAACCCAUGGGAGUGGGCGGGGACAUCCAACGGUGGCGACCCAAGAGACACCUACGACCUCAACAGCCUGAACCGUGGAGACUCCGCCGCCCGUGGCAGCAGCUUCCGGCCACAUCGGUCCGCCUCGCCGAGCGCCACAGUAGACCAUGACCCGGCCCCGCCCCCUCCUCACCUGCAGACGGACAUGUUGGCAGACGCUCAGCGCAGGGAGAUGGCCAUGAGACGCAAGACGGCACUGGUUCUGUUGGACCGAGAGAUCCGUAACCAGACUGAGCAGGAGAACUAUUAUAAGAGUGUGCAGGGGCGGCGCUUCAAGGAUUAGUCUCUUACCUUUCAAAAUAAAAGCCUUAUUUACAAACUGGUCAUGAUGGCACACCUGGACGGCAGACGACCACGCUGCUAUGCAUCUGUUGAGCUUCAUGUGACGGGAGGGCAAGGCUGCAGGAAGUGAACGUUUCCACCCAGGAAGGUCAGACUGACGCUUGGUGGCUCCACACUGAUGACGUGUUCAGCUCUCUGCACCAGCGCCGCCAUGCCACAUCGACAGGAAGGGUUAUCACAUCACAUGACCAGGGACACAUCACACACACCAGACAAAUCUACACCAACAACACCUGGAGUCUGACACAGGGACGUCCCGUCACGUUUAAUAUCUACUGACAAAAAUACACUCCCAGAUAAC